AUGAACCCCAGACUUCCCUACGUUCUCCUGGUUGGUGCUGCAGUGAUAAUCUUCAUUCUUUCCUGCAUGCUGCUGAGCAGGGGGAGGCAAUCACCCAGCUGCGAAUCCCAGCCCCACAUCCUGGAGAAGACGGGGUCCACGAGCCAGAGCCUGGUGUUUGCCGAUCUGACACCCGAAGAGAUGGCGCAAGUGGUGCGGUACCUGCGGGGAAACCUCGGGGUGCCGCUGGUUGACGCCUCGCGUGCGAAGCCCUCCGACAACUGCAUCGCCUCCGUCGACGUGCAGGUUCCCCCCAAGGCAGAGGUGCUGCGGUUCCUGGAUGGUGGGGGGGCUCGCCCCCCGCGGGAGGCGCUGGCUGUGCUGUACUUUGGGAACCAGCCAGACCCCAACGUCACCGAGUACGUGGUGGGUCCGCUGCCGACGCCGGUGUAUCACCGGGAUGUCACGGUGCAGAAGUACGGGGGGAAGGUGCCGUACCACCGCAGACCAACGCUGGCUGUUGAAUACAAACAGAUUGGAGCAUUUUUAAAAAGUCAAGUGUUCCCCACAGCUCCAUCUUUCAUGCGUCAAGUAAUGGAGUAUGAUGGAGCCAGUCUAGCAGCCCUGACAGCUGCUCCCCGCGGAUUCCAGUCUGGAGAUCGGAUCACCUGGUUCGUUUUGUUUCAGAACGUGAGUGGGUUCUUUGUGCACCCGGUGGGGUUGGAAGUGCUGGUGGACCACAGCAGCCUGGACAUCGCCCGGUGGGCGGUGAGCAGGGUCUUCUACAACGGGCAGUACUACAGGGACAUGGUUCAGCUGGAGACCGCCUACGUGCAGGGUCGCAUCAGCGUGGAGAAGGACGGGCGGAGCUUUGCCUUUGGGAUGAGCGUGAACACGGGCCUGCGUCUGUUUGACAUCCGACACAAGGGGGAGAGGGUUGCCUAUGAAAUCAGCAUCCAAGAGGCGUUGUCAGUGUAUGGCUCCAACUGCCCUGGAGGGAUGUCCACGAGGUACAUGGAUGGCAGCUUUGGCAUCGGGCGCUCCCCCUCUCCCUUGGUGCGAGGGGUCGACUGUCCGUACUUGGCCACCUAUGUCGACACACACUCUUUGUCUGAGACCCUGAGCCGCAGCAAGAGAAAGGCUUCCCUCUGCAUCUUUGAGCAGAACCUGGGCUCCCCUCUGCGUCGCCACUACUCCAACUUGCAGUCACUCUAUUACGGUGGGCUGGUCAACUCUGCUCUCGUCGUUCGGUCCAUUACGACCGUGGGCAACCACGACUACGUGUGGGACUUCAUCUUCUACCAGAACGGGGCCAUCGAAGGCAAGGUCCAGGCCACGGGGUAUGCGAGCUCGUCCUUCCUCCAUGGGGAUGGUCUGAGAUACGGCAAUAGGGUUCGGGAGCACACGCUGGGUACGAUACGCACCCAUUCUGUCAACUACAAAGUGGACUUGGAUGUGGGAGGCGUGAAGAACUCUCUGGUGGCCCACGACAUGGCAUUUGAGAUGACGCGGGCUCCCUGGAGCCCGGAGCAGCAGAUAGAGCGGCCACGACUCACCAAGAAAGUCCUGGACACGGAGGACCAGGCUGCCUUCCGGCUCCAGUCGAAGAUGCCCAGAUACGUCUACUUCGCGGCCAACAGCAAAAACAAGUGGGGCCACCAGCGUGGUUACAGGAUCCAAACCACCAGUUUUGCGGGGGAACAUGUCCCCGAAGCCAGCUCCAUGGAGAGGGCCAUCAGCUGGGCAAGGUACCAGCUGGCCGUCACAAGGCGGAAGGAGGAGGAGCCCACCAGCACCAGCAUCUACAACCAGAAUGACCCCUGGACGCCCACCGUUGCCUUCGCCGACUUCAUCAACAACGAGACCAUCACCAACGAGGACCUGGUUGCCUGGAUAACCACUGGUUUCCUCCACAUCCCACACUCUGAGGAUAUUCCCAACACCGUGACGGUGGGAAACUCGGUUGGCUUUCUCCUGAGACCCUACAACUACUAUGACCUGGACCCCUCCAUAUACUCGCACGACGGCGUGUUUUUCACCAGCGAGCAGGACUUCACGGCAUGUGAAAUAAACCCUAUUGCGUGCCUGCCCAAAACUGCCUCUUGUUUGCCAAACUUCCCCCCAUUCACCUAUGACGGUUUCCAAAAUAUGAGCAGGCUUUAA